UCAGCCUACACUCGGUGGACGAGACCUCUGAGCUCUGAUGGACAUCUACGAGGAGGCCGUGUUCUAUCUAAGGGAAAAACAUGUACCAGUGGAGAUUGGGGUCCUGGAGGAGGAUGUGCCCCUGGAGGAGACAAUGUCUCCUCUUCAUACAGAAAGUAUGGACUUCCCCGCCAUCUCUGCGUCGAUCAGCCCAGAGGAACUGUUGGAGAGGAGGCUCGUGGUCCUGAAAGGCAUCGUGGAGAGUGAGGAGGUUUAUCUGAGCGAGCUGGAGGCCCUGCUCAUGCCCAUGAAGGCUCUGCGGGCCUCGGCUGGGACGUCCAAGCCAGUUCUGUCCAGUCAGCAAGUCCAGACAGUUUUCUACCAGGUGCCCGAGAUCAGAGACAUGCACCAAAGUUUCUACUCCGGUCUGAAGGCCCGGCUGAGCGCUCACUGCCACACAGAUCUGGAUGAGCAGAGAGAGAGGAGCCACGAGGGCUCUGGGCUGACGGUGGGGGACCUGUUCCUGAAAAUGGUGAACCAGAUCGGUCUGUACGGUGGCUUCAUAGAAAACUAUGAAGAAGCUGUUGCCGUUGUUCGCAGGUGCACACAGUCGGACCCUCGCUUCCGAACUCUGGCCGAGAGCAUGAUGUCGAACAACACUGCAGACAAAGCUCGCACCAAAUACACAUUUGAAGCUCUACUGUAUAAACCUUUGGACAGAGUCACCAAGACCACACUUGUCCUGCAUGACCUCCUGAAGACGACGCCAGCGGGCCAUGGGGAUCACGCAGCCUUACAGGAAGCUCUGAGGUUGUCCCGCAGCUUUCUGUCUGGUGUCAAUGAGAGUUCACAGUGCAAACGAGAGGUCACGCUCAGUCACGGCUUGAGACGUCAGUUGAUUCGUGACGGCUUUGUGGUGGAUGUGAGCGAGGGGGAACGCAGCCUGCGUCACCUGUUCCUCUACACUGACCUCCUGCUGUGCACCAGAUUCAAACCAGCAACCAGAGGGAAGCAGGACCAGUACAGGUUCUGCUGGUUUCUUCCUCUCGCUAGUCUCAAACUGCGCUGGUCCUCAGAUCAUGAACCGGACACACGUCUUCGCUUACACUCCGUGAGAAACAAGAUGUACGUUCUCCGGCAGCAGCUGCAGCAGCAUGCGGGAUCCAGAGGCCUGAUGGUGGCGGCUCGUACCCGGAGGAAACUGGAGCAAACGGAGCUGAUGCUGUUCACUCAGUCGCCUUUUUAUAGACUGGAGCUGCACAGCCCCAGUGGAAAGAGUCACACUCUCCUCUUCCCCUCCUUGUAUGAACUUGAAGAAUGGAGAGAAGCCAUUCAUAAGCUCACCACACAGAACAUAGAAACGGUCCCUCCAGACCUGCUCACUCUCACCAGUGCAUGUGUGAAACUGAGGAUGACCCAGCAGCCGCCUCUGCAAACCUCCAACUCUGUAGAGGACAAGGCUCAAGACUCAUUGCGUGGGACUCUAAACGUGGCGGUCCACUCUGCCUGUGGCCUGCAGCAACCAGCCUGUGUGUAUGUUUGUGUGGAAGUAGACGGCCAUGAGUUCUAUGACAAACAGGCCCAGACGCACACUUCAGUCCACAGCGUCAACCCACACUGGGACCAGGAGCUGACGUUCCAGGUGGACGGGGCUCAGAACCUGAGGGUGGUCUGUGUGAGUCAGUCUGACGAACACGAUGAAUCUGUCCUGGGAAAAACUUCUUUCAGGCUGGAGUCUAAAUCCUUGAGUAAGCGAUGGAGGAGACAGACUCUCCAGCUCGGCCGAGUGGAGGUGACUGUGUCCCUGAGGUACAGUCCCCACCCGCUGGAACCGCCCAGCUCCACAGCUCCACACCUCCCCGUCUUCUGUGUCCCUAUUGAAACUGUGGCUCAACAGGAGGGGGCGCUGGUUCCCCAUGUGGUGCGGUGCUGUGUGGAGGAGGUGGAGCGGAGAGGCAUGGACGAGGUGGGGAUCUACAGGAUUUCAGGGACCGCCAGUGAUAUCUACACGCUCAAGGCUGCGUUCGACAGCAAUCUGCGUGAAGCUGUACACAGGCUGAGAAGCUCCGAGGUGAACGUCGUCUCUGGUGUCCUCAAACUGUACUUCAGAGACCUGCCUGAGCCGCUCAUACCCUCUGAGCUGUUCCACAGUCUGACCAGGUCGCUGGACAUCCAGGACAUGAACGCCCGGCUCGUCUCCAUGCUGUCCCUGCUGCAGUCCUGUCCUGACACCAACCGCUGCACCUUCCUCUACCUCAUGCACCACCUGCAACGAGUCUCUGAGAGGCAACACAUCAACAGGAUGACUCCGAUGAACCUGGCCACAGUGUUUGGUCCCAGCCUGUUACGCCCCCCUGUGGCUGUGAAUCUCUCAGAGGAGGUGGUGUUGCAGGUCCAGGUGGUUUUCUGCUACCUGCAGUGCAACAACCUCCCUGAAGCCCAGAUCUCUGUGCCACAUGACACUGAAGACGAUGAUGAGGCCACCCACACGCCUCCUCAGAGAGCAGAUGGACUCGGGCAGCUCGGAGUAACGUGACGCUGAAAUGUGGUUGAGGAAAAAUCAGGGGCGCAGAUGUUGUAAAAAGGUCAGAGGUCACCUCCCCGAGCCUGAAAUCCAAUCAGUUACGGUUCAAAUCCAACUAGACGGAGUUCAACACGAAGUGCACGCCCCAUAAAAAUCAUACACACACGGUGAGUUGAAAACCAACACACACGGCCUGCGGUCGACCCAUCCACACCACACAUGGGAGUCUCUUUUCAGCCUCGCCACCUGGGCAGGCCGGGGUAAUGUUACCCCCCCAACCUUUUACCCCAAAACCCCCCUCAGUCGUUUGAUCGCUAAUCCUGGACCCCCAGUCCAGCCCGGCCCUCCCAGUACAAACACACUGUACGUGGACGCCAUAACAACAUCCAGAACAGGUCUCAAACUGGAAGGAGGAGGUGGGAUCAGCCUGUUGCCCUGCGGCGUCAUAAAUCACCUGUCCCCUCCAACACGGUGGCUGCCAAAAUAAGGUUCCGCUCGACGACUACAAAGACAGAAUGAGGUUCCCAUUGCAGACUACAAAGCCGAGGAAGGCCGGAGCCGUUUGUGACUAAAGACUGGAACAGACGACUGGUCGACACCUGGGACUGGUGGGAAAGUUUUUACGGGAGAAGUCGGAUUCUGGUCCUGUGACAGCACGAGUUCCACAGAUUUAAAUUUCCUAUCAUCUCAUCAACGAUACAGGAACUUAAAAACACUU